AUGACAAUGUCAUUAAAAGUAAACACAAACCACAUGUUUACGUAAAAAUUAUAAAACGGAGCAGAAUUAUGGCAAAAGAUACUUUAAACGAACUACACCAAUUCCUUAAACCAGAAUCAAGGAUAGAUCUAAAAUUGAUAUCUCUAGAUCAUCUAAUCGGCGUAUCCGGUACCGAAGGUGGUGUCAAAAUAUUAGUGGGAAAUGAAAAUAUUUUAAAAUGUGUCAUCGAUUGCACAAAUGAUAAAGUGGAUAAUGUCACUAAAAAGGCUUUAUUGCUUCUUAUAAAUAUAACAGCGUAUUCGGAAGGUUCUAUAGAAUUAUUAAAGCUCAAACCGAACGAUAACAAGAGUGUCAUAGACAUUUUUGUUGGUUAUGUCUUAGACGCUCAGAAAACUCACGCUGAUGCUGUGUGUAUGAUACUUUCAAAUAUAACUAGAGUCGAAGAAAACGUAGAACAAUGUGUAUAUAUAUUAUAUAAGCAUUUAAACAAUCUUUUAAAUGUCUUCGUUAACACAGAAUUCAACAAAAAAGGUUGCAAUUUAGAGUACCUCGCACCUAUGUUUAGUAAUUUAAGUCGAAGUGAAAGAGUACGUAAUUGGUUAACAAAUGAAAAUCCACAUAUGCCACUGUUAAAAUUAUUACCUUUCUGUCAAUAUGAAAAAUCAAUAAUACGAAGAGGUGGCGCCAUCGGAACUAUACGAAAUAUAACAUUUGAUGUACAAUAUCAUAAACUUCUCCUAAGUCCUGAUCUAGACUUACUAACUUACUUACUAGGUCCAUUAAUGGGUGGUGAAGAGUAUUCUGAUGAUGAAAUGGAUAAGCUACCAAUAGCGUUGCAAUAUUUACCAAAAGAGAAACAACGAGAAACAGAUAUUGAUUUACGAAAAAUGAUAUUAGAGACAUUAAAUAAAUUAUGUUCUAAACGUGAAUAUAGAGAAAUUUUACGUGACAAUGGAGUUUAUUAUGUACUUAGAGAGUUACAUAAAUGGGAAAAAGAACCGUCUGUCCGUUUAGCUUGUGAAAAUGUGGUUGAUAUAUUAAUACAGAAAGAAGAAGAAGUUGGAGCGGAGGAUCUUUCAAAGGUAGAUAUACCUGAAGACAUGGUUGAUAAAUUUGAAAAAAUGGAUGCUGAGUAUUUGAAUGAAGGAUAAUAUUCAUAAUUAUCAGAACAGUAUACAUAAAUGUUUUAUAUAUUACUAGCUUUUA